CUUCAUGCACAGUCUGACCGUUCAUGUGCACCUUGGCGCAUCGAUAAAUGUUAAUCGGCCGGCCGCUGUAAUCGUUUAAAGCGUCGUUGACGUUCUUUGCAAUUUGCAAAAGUGGAAAGAAAAAGAAAAAUUAUGUAGACUUUUUGGCAAAAGCAUAUCAAUUGUAAAAGUGUUGCAAAAAUCAAGUGUUUGGACUAAAAGUCAGGGACACGUGCGACGUUGCGUUUGGCACGCAACGAACGGUUCGGCAGUUUUGCAAUUACCAUAUUAUAUAUAUAAAAUUAUAUAGAUAUAUAUAUAGAUAUAUAUAUAUAUAUAUACAUAUACAUGUGUAUAUAUGUAGGCGUGUGUGUAUGUGUUUUAAUGCGGCGAAUGUGAAAAAAGCCGCACUCUGCAAACCCGAAUCGUAGACUACUAUUUUUUUUUUGCUCUUCAACCUAACUUUUGUUGUUGUUAUAAGUGCAACGUUGAUUUGUCGCUGAGACAAGGCAGCGAAAGGGAAAGGAAAAGGGACGGGGACGGAAAUUUUGGAAUUUCUUUCACGAACCGUUUUAUAAUAACCGCUAAAAUUGUGGAAAAACAGGAGAAAACUCCCAAGCGGAAGAAGAAGGCUGCAGCCAGUAAAAUGUCUGCAGUUUAUUCGCCGCAACCGCCGCCGCCGCAACAGCAGCAGCAGCAACAACAGCAGCCGCCGGUGCAGCAUCCGCCGGGAUCUGUGCAGUUGCCGCCGCUGCAAGGGCCGCCCCAACAACAACAGCAGCAGCAGCAGCAGCAGCAACAACAACAACAGCAGCAGCAACAACAACAGCCGCCUGGCACUGGACAAGGGCCGCCAGGUGGCGUCGGUGUUGGUGGCCCCAUGGGACCCAUGGGUCCAAUGCAACAACAACGUGUCGGACCCGGUCCCGUUGGUAAUCCCAAUGUUGGUGUUGGUGUCAUGAUGGGCACACCACCAAAUCCGAAUGCACAGCGUGGCGGUGUGCCACAGCCGCAGGUCAACUCGGCACAGAUACAAAAGAUGCUGGACGAGAAUUGUGGUCUUAUACAGACCAUACAAGACUUUCAGAAUAUGGGCAAGGCACAGGAGUGCAUGAGCUAUCAUGUGGCGUUGCACCGGAAUCUGGUCUAUUUGGCUCAAUUGGCCGAUCCGCAAAUGAACAUUUCCCAAAUACUGCCGCCACCGCACAUAUUGCAGACGCAGGCAAUGCAACAGGGCAAUCAACCGCCGGCGCCGCAUGGCAUGAUGGGAGUGGGAGUCGGUGGCGUUGGUGUGGGUGUCGGUGUUAAUGUUGGUGUUGGUCUUGGCGUCGGUCCGCCGCCGGGACAACAACAACAACAGCAGCAACAACAACAACAGGUGCAGGGGCCACAGGGUGCACCGGUACCGCCGCCACCGGGUAGUGUCAUACAAUCCCAAAUGAUGCAACAUGCCGGCGAUCCCGUACAAAUGUCACCCUAUCCGGGCCAACAGCAGCAGCCAACUCAUCCUGGCAUGCCACCUGGUGCUCAACAGCAAUCUCAGCAGCAGCAGCAGCAACAACAACAACAACAGCAGCAGCAACAACAACAACAGCCCGGUCAAGUGCAGCAGGCGCCACAAGUUAGCCAGGCUGGUCCACAGCCACAGGCAGGACCAUAUCGCAAUGUCCAGGCCGGCGCUGGACAGGCACAGGUUGUGGCCAAUGCAGCGCCCAGUAAGUAUCAACAACAACAGCGACCCAACAAUGGACCUCUGCCCCCGGGUCAGAAUCAGCCGCCGCCACCGCAACAACAACAGCAGCAGCAACAACAACAACAACAGCAGCAGCCGCCCAACCAGCAACAACAACCACAACAAGGUCCUGGUCCGGUGCCACCGCCACAGGCACAAUAUCGGGUUAGUUAUCAGCAACAGCAGCAGCAACAACAACAGCAGCAACAUGGCCAUUAUCCGGGUUAUCCGCCGCAAUCGCAGCCACAGUAUCAGCCACAGAAUGCUUAUCCGUAUGGUCCGCCCGGCCAGGGUUACGGUCCACCACCGCCGCCACCAAACGCUCAGGCAGCUUACCAUCACGCCGGAAUGCCACCGACAUCGACGGCCGCGGGUGUGGGUGUGUCCCAGGGCGUGGUGCAUGCCUAUCAACCGAAUCCGAAUGCCGGUGGUGCUGGGGCUGCUGGGGGACAACAACAGCAGGCGCCACCACCAGGUGCAUAUCCGCCACCGCCGCCCACACAGCAAGUGGCGCCCGGCCAGCAACCGCCACCGCCGCCAGCGCAAAUGUACGGACCACCGCCCACUGGUGGUGGUCAGGCCGGGCCACCUGGUCCGCCGGGUCCGCCACAGAGUGUGCUGCCCAAUCAGUAUGGGCCACCGCCACCACAACAAGCCGGCGCCGUGGCACCCGGUCCACCACCCAUGGGCUAUGCGGGCUAUCCGCCCAAUCAAUACGGCCAGGCUGGUGCGCCUGGUGCACCACCCGGCAACUAUGGUCCACCGCCGCCCACAAGCCAAGCCCAGUCGCCGUAUCAGGCGUAUCAACAGGCAACGGGAGCGCCACCGGGCAGUUAUCCUGGUCAACCGGUGCCCGGUCCCCCCAAUGCCCAGCAGGUCAGUGUGGCGGGCACGAAUGCUGGACCGCCGCCACCGCCGGCCAGUUAUAGCACGGCGCCCAGCCAGACGCCGCCGCCACCACAGCAACAACAACAACAGCAGCAGCAGCAACAAACGGCGCCAAAUCAACAACAACAACAAGGCGGCAAUCCAAACGGUCCAAAUACGCCGCAAUCAACGCCGCCACCGCCGUCACCAGUGACGGGUGUACCGCCGAAUCAACAGGCACCGGGGCCGGGAGCGGGCCAGCAACAACAACCGCAAUACGCGCCACAACAACAGCAGCAACAGCCGCUGCAGCAACAACAACAACCGGGACAGCCGGGACAACAGUUGAGUGCGGUGGUGUCCGGCGUAUCGCCGUUGCCGACACAACAGCAACCGACGUAUUCGACGCCACCCACAAGCGUCGCUGGAUAUGGAACACCACAGCAGCAGCAGCAACAACAACAGCAGCAGCAACAGCAACAACAACCGCAAGGUGGUCCACCACCACAACAACAACAACAAGCACCGCCAGGCGGACCACCGAAUGCCACAGCGCCGCCACCACCAAAUGGUGCAACGCCACCGAUGGCACCAAAUCAAUAUCAACCGGCACCAGGUGGACAACCAUAUGGUACACCACCACCACCACCACAGGGUUAUGGACCGCCACCGCCGGGUAGCGCAUAUCCCGGUCAUGGCUAUCAUCAGCCACCGCAGGCUGGAGGCUAUGCACAAUAUCCGCCAUCGCAGGGAUAUCAGGGUUAUAGGCCAGCGCCGGGUGGGGCACAGAUGCCGCCACCGGGCGCACCACAGGGACCCCCGCCAGCGGGUGCCUAUGGGUACUAUGGUAAUCAGCCGCCACAGUGAACACCCGACAUGAAAAGGGAAUGCGAUUAAAGAUUAGCAGGAUUUCAAAUUGAUGACAACAACAGACGCCACACAUAUGCACGAAAGGAAAGAAAAGAAAGAGACAUAAUGUUCCUUCUGCUCCACACAUGAUCUAUUCACUCUUGCUCUCUUGCGCUCGCUCAGCUUUCAACUAACUCUCUGUGUGCGGUGCGAGCGAGUGAGCGUGUAUGUAUGUGUGUGUGUGCGCCUGCGUGAGAGCGAGCGUGUGUGUGUGUGUGACUGGAAGCAUAUUAAUACUUCGAAACAUUUAGCAUUAGUUUGUAUUUGUAAUUGUAGUAACUUUAAUUGAGAGCCGAGAGCGUCAAGACGCGUCCAUUAUGCAUAUAAAACUCUACCAUACACAUACAUACAUAUAAUUCAUACAUUUUACCUAAAUAGAUACAAUUUAAUUUCCAUUUGUUUGUAACGUAUGCUUGUUUCUGCCCCCUUUUUAAGCAAUUUAAAUAUUUUAUAAUUUUUUUUUUUAAUUGUCAACGUUUUGUCUUCAAUCGAUAUGUAAAAUGUAACUUUGCUAGCAAACACUGAAUAAUUAUUUUUUCUUUCUUUUAUAUACAUACAUUUUUUGUAUACAUAUAUUUUUUAAUGCAAUUUACAUUUAACGAAAUGGCAGCAUCAGAAGCAUGAAAAAAAUAAACAAUAUUUAAGUAGUAUUUAAUGAUCAAAUAUUCCAAUAACAAUAACAACAACAACUCAUAACUUGACUAUUUUGCCACACAGCAAUAACAACAACGCAGCCAAGACUUCUCCGUGUGUGUGUGUGUGCGUGAGUAUGCAUGCGACUGCUAUUGCUGCUGUCCUGCUCGAACGCACAGCGGCGCGCGCACCUAAAUCUAAUUGUAACUUGUAAGCUGAAAAAGGGUUAACUGAUGAUCGAUAUAUCUAUUGUCAUCGAUAGCAUUUACAUUAAUUGAAACUGUAUUUUAGAAAUGGCAAAUAUGCUAAAGCUAAAAUGAAAAAAAAAAAACAAAACAAAACCGAUACUAUUAUUAUUUAAAAUACUUACGUAUAAAUGAAUGAACAAAACAAAAAGCGAAAUGCAUUCAAUAAAAGCAACGAGCUGUCGAA